AUUCAACAGAAAUUGGGUAUCAGUUGUCAAAAAUACCCUCUCAUUCUGAUUAUAAGUUUUUGUUUAAAUGUUGCAAUUUCUAGGAAUUAACUAUUAGUGAUUCGAUCUUAUUGUUCUUGUAAAAACGAGAAAUGAUUAAACUAUUUUCACUAAAGCAGCAAAAAAAAGAUGGCGAAUCUUCUCCUAGAGGUGGUCAACAGAAAAAGGCCUCAGCUGCUCAACUGAGGAUAACAAAAGAUAUCAAUGAGUUAAAUUUACCUAAAACAUGUGCUACGGAAUUUUCUGAUCCAGACGAUCUACUAAAUUUCAGAUUAAUAAUUUGCCCAGAUGAGGGAUUUUAUAAAAAUGGUCGGUUCAUAUUCAGUUUCAAAGUAGGACCUAAUUACCCACAUGAACCUCCCAAAGUGAAAUGUGAAACAUCAGUUUAUCAUCCAAAUAUUGACCAGCAAGGAAAUGUAUGUCUCAAUAUAUUAAGGGAAGAUUGGAAACCUGUCCUUACUAUCAAUAGUAUUGUAUAUGGAUUGCAAUAUUUAUUCCUUGAACCAAAUCCAGAAGAUCCCCUGAAUAAAGAAGCAGCAGAAGUAUUAUCCAGUAAUAGAAGAGUUUUUGAAACAAAUGUGCAAAAGGCAAUGCGAGGGGGAUAUGUAGGAGGAGUGUACUUCGAUCGAUGUCUAACAAAGUGAUUUAAAAUGAUAUACAUGUUUGCAGGUUAUGAAACCUGUUUUGAUCUUUUAGAAAAGAGAAACUGUUUUAAGUGGACUAAAUUUCACAACAUAAGCAUUUUGGUUGAAAAUUAUUCUGAACUUUAUUUUAGUGAAGUGUGUACAAUACAGGAAUGUAAUGAUUAAAUUAGUAAGUCUAUAUAUUAGCCCCAUGAUACCUUUAACACAUUCACGUAAUUUUUGUAACAUAUUAAUAAUUUUGAAAUUUCCAAUGAUUUUGGAAUGACUAUAAAGUUUACCCCUUCGAAGUACUUAAAUCUGAAAGUAUGUGUAAUUUUAUUUCCAAUAUAUUUUUCAAAUUUCCAAUUGUGUAUAAAAAUAUUGUAUAACUUUGUUGAAAUACAUUUGUAGCAUAAUUUUCAGUCAUAGCAACUAAUAUGCAACUUCGAAGAAUAUGAUUGGAUCUCCUGUGAUCAAAUUCUAUUUUAAGCCAAUUCUUUGUUUUGACUUAUUUUUUUUGAAUAAACUCGUAAACCUAAAA